AUGAAGCAUCUCUUCGGUGAGGAAGGGGUGCGGAAGUGCGAUAUCCUGGCUAUCCAAGAGCCUGAGAUAUUCAAUUGGAUGGAACCCGAGAUGGGCGUCCAUUCGCAGACACUUGGUGGCCGGUUUCAUACACUUCUCCGGCCUACACCCACAGCCGUCCGCGAGGAAGCAGCACGCACGCAGCCCCGUGUCUGCUUCUUCGUAUCGAAAGGGAUCAACCCGAAAUCGUGGUCGAUCAGACACCACAGCAGAGACGCCAGCACGCUGACCGUGGAAACCGGGGCCGGCCAGCUGCAUGUGCAUAAUAUAUAUCUUCCGGGGAAGUUCAACGACCCAGAGCGUACGCAGGAGGUGAAAGAAGGUCUAGCCGCGCUCUGUGUAGCCCUACGCGGCUACCACAGUGGGCAGCAUGUCGUGGUUGGUGAUUUCAACCUCCACCACCCGCUGUGGUCGACGAUCCAGCAGGCCCAGCUGCCGGACGACGACGCAGACGACCUGAUUCGCAUAAUGGGUGAUUUUGGCCUAGAUCUACUCACAGAGAAAGGCACAGUCACAUUCGAAGGGCCUGUCUAUGGCAAUAUUGUGCGUAGCACGAUCGAUUUAACCGGCAUCCAAAGAUACUGUCCCCGUACGGAAGAUCCACCCCGGACGCUCAUAUCCCACGUAUACGCCUGCACUCGCCCCGCUGAAGCAGCAGAAGGACGCUGUGCAAACGAACCGGUUGCUACCGGGAUCCCACAAGGUUCACCACUAUCACCAAUUUUGUAUCUUUUCUACAACUCAGACCUGAUCGACGAUAUCCACGCAGCUGCUCCCGGCCGGGUGCUAGUGACGGGAUAUAUCGACGAUAUCUGCAUCCUUGUGUGGGGCGUUUCCCCUACUCGCAAUUGUCAAUUUCUCUCCGAACUACACGCUGUUGCUGAGACGUGGGCGAAACGGCACGCAUCUAAGUUCUCUCCAUCAAAAUAUGGUCUUAUUCACUUUUGGAAGAGGGGUGCUGGCGCGCUGCCCCCGUACGGCGUCCAUCCGCAGCAGACACCCGCCCUUACGGGCUCUGUCACGAUUCAGGGCGUCGAAAUCAAGCCGGUGGCGUCCCUCCGCUAUCUCGGGGUCAUUCUUAACGAAAACCUCACAGCCCGUGACCACCUACUCCGCUGCCGCAAACGAGCUGCAGUACUGACCGCGGCCCUCCGUUCUAUUGCUGGCAUGACCUGGGGGGUCACGACGCUCCACCUGCGUCGCAUGUGGACGGCUGUGCUGUUUCCACAGAUUAGCUUUGGCUGUUCUACGUGGUACACGAAGGGGGCCUACCAGGCGAAGACGACAGAGAAUGAGGUGAACCGCGCUCUCGAAUCCAUGCAGUAUCAAGCCCUUUACCGUAUCGCCGGCGCGUUUCGUACGACGUCCCGGGCUGCGCUACAGAUCCUUCUCUAUGUCCUACCAGCGCCAAUCGCGACUCAACGGCUAGCAGAACUCACAUGUCUCCGUAUUCAUACCCACCCACUCCGCACUAUCUUCCGCAGACGUACGCCAGUCGAUAGGGCAACGCUACGGCUAUACUGCCAAGACAGCCACCGCAAUCUCGGACCUAUCCAGAAAGCUAUGACUACCCCGCUGCAGCGCCUUGAGAAGCAUCUCCAAGACCGUGGAAUCGACGUGCACGACCUUGAGCUGAUCAAGCCGUACGCAGUGGCCCCGUGGUGGCAGCCGCCAAAAGUGCAGAUCGCCGCAAGCAAAGACACAGCAAUCGCGCAGCAUAACGAAAUCCUUAGGGCCGCUGGGCCCUACGGGCCUAACACCGCAAUAGCUUAUACCGACGGUAGCAAGCUCGAUAACCCAGCAGGCGUAGGGGCUGCUGCCCUCACCUCCGUGGGGAGAGAGGUGGCGGUGCUACACCCCACAGAUUCGAUCUACGUGGCAGAACUCCACGGAAUCAAGCUCGCACUCCGUCGAUUCGACACGGAGAUAAGCUUUCGACAGACGUGCGAGGGCUUCCGCGCAGAAACAGAUACUACCGAUACUACCGAUACCACCGCUACUGCUACGAUCUUCACAGACAGCCAGGCUGCGAUUCUCGCUUUCGCACGCCCGCGGCGAAGCUCAGGCCACCUGUAUGGCAGGUCCGCAUCAACUGGCUACCCGGACAUGUCGGGGUAG